AACAGAAGUGAAAGGGGCAGGGACGCAGAGAGCAGAGCUUUUCCCGAUACCUCAAGCAAGGCACCAAAAGGUAGCCAUGAAAAUAGCCUAAUAAUUCGUUUGCUUGAGGAUCAGCGCUUCCUUCUGCGUGAAAAUAGGCUAACAAGUUCUUCGAGCAGAGAGUAAUAGAAAAAACAUUGUUUGCUAGCAAGUGUUUUUCUUCAAUUUUGACGGACAUGCAAUUUCAGAUACCCAGAUGGCGGAACUUUUCCAUGAUAAAAAUUUCUUUGAUUUCAUCAACUUCACUGGAAUCUCAUUUCGCUUCGUUUCAUUCAACACCCACUUCAUGUCAGAAGUGGAAGAACAAGUGGAAGUCUGGUAUAAAUGAAAGCCAGGAUCCUACUAAGAGUCAAAUCAGAUAUGCAGUACGUCAAAAGCGUGCUGACACAAAGAGAGCUCUAAAAGACCUCCUCUUUAAAAGUGGGUCCUCAAAGGUCCAGGACGAAGAGAGGAUGUUGAGAGUUCAAAUGGGAACACAAUGGUUUGCAAAGCAGGAGGCUCAUCCAUAUAGCUCUGAUAAGAGAGGUCGAUCAAAGUCUUCUGCUCACCGAGCUGACAAAAUUCACAACCAGAAACUUAAACGUAAGUUGAGACAAAAGAGGUUCUCUGAGGACUUCGAUAAGGAUCCUGAGCCAAUCUUUAGAGCAACAUUUGGAAACAGAUGGUAUACGUGGUCAUUUAACUCAGGGCAGGAAUCUUCUUUCCAGAAGUCAACAUCUGGAUUCGAGUGGAGAGAGGAUUCGAGCUGUAAAAACAGUAGAACUAGAAGAUGGGAAACCCUGGGUGACACCGAGUCUGAUGACGAUUCAUGCCCUGUAGGAUCACGUACUGACAGAACUAUUCUUGGUCUGCCUCCAACAGGCCAUUUAAAGAUUGAAGAUGUUAAAUAUGCUUUCCGUUUGUCAGCUUUGAAAUGGCAUCCUGACAAGCAUCAAGGUCCUUCACAGGCAAUGGCUGAAGAGAAAUUCAAACUGUGUGCUAGUGCUUACAGGUCGCUGUGUAGUGCCCUCUCCCCAGCUUAGUUUGUAGGGUUUUGGUUCAAAUGUAUUCAAUUCCCUUACAUGAUUGUUCUUUUUUUUUUUUUUUAAUCACAUUGAAGUAUAUGAUUAUUCUCAAUAAUGUCUCCUCUUGAAAUUGA